AUGAUUCCUCAUCAAGAGCGUGGAGAUUCUCACUGCAAGACGAAUCCCAAAAGGAAAAUCGCGAAGACGACACUCACAACAGGUAGUAGAGGGAGGAUCCAAAAGGAAGGACAUAUUUCAUCCAACUCUUCCACCUCACAUGAACAGAGAAGGGGCACGCCAAGUCACCCAGCAGAGAAGGCUAAGGCACUAAUAGGCAUAAGACUGGGACUGCACGACGAAUCAAAAAAAAGGAAUUCAAGCCUCCAAAUAUGUUACAGGAGGAAGUUUCUUGGAGGUCUCUCCGUAGAAGAGUCAAGGACUGAAACAAACAAGAAGAAAUCGUUAAAACUCCCACGGAAACUUAGGACGAGGCCCAAAUCAGGCGAAGGAGGAACAAUAAGUCGCACAAGUGCGAAGACGGGCACCCUAAGCCACAAGAGGCGAAGAGAAUCCCAAGUCUCUCUGACCAUCAGGUAA